AGGGCCGUCUGGAGAGGAGUGGGAGGCACGCCCCGGCGGUCUGUUUCGUUGGCCCUCUUGGAGCCGGAUUGUCCGACAAUAUGGGUAUUAUAGGUGUGCAAUUAGUGGUUACUAUGGUAAUGGCCAGUAUCAUACAGAAGAUCACACCUCACUACUCACUUGCUCGCUGGUUGCUUUGUAAUGGAAGUUUGAAAUGGUAUCAGCAUCCUACAGAAGAACAACUUCAGGCCCUUGCUGGAAAACACCAAAAAGCAAAAUCCAGGAAAGACAGGAAGUACAAUGGGCACAUAGAAAGCAAGCCACUGACUGUUCCUAAGGAUAUUGAUCUGCAUUUGGAAGCAAAGACCAUUACAGAGGUGGAUACACGAGUUCUCCAUUAUUUCCCUGAGUACCAGUGGUUGGUGGAUUUUGCUGCUUCGGCCACAGUUGUUUAUAUUAUUACAGAAGUCUACUACAGCCUGACAAACCCUCACAAUGAGAUGAAUAUUAGCAUAGUUUGGUGCUUGCUUGUCCUUGCCUUUGUUUUUAAGGCACUGUUUUCUCUGACAACUCACUACUUUAAAGUGGAAGAAGGUGGAGAGAGAUCAGUCUGUAUCACAUUUGGAUUUUUCUUCUUUGUAAAAGCCAUGGCAAUCCUAAUUGUGACUGAGAACUAUCUGGAGUUCGGACUUGAGACAGGGUUUGCAAACUUUUCGGACAGCGCUUUGCAGUUUCUUGAGAAACAAGGCCUUGAAUCCCAGGGCCCUGUCUCGAAACUGACCUUUAAAAUGUUCCUGGCUAUUUUUUGCGCUUUCAUUGGUGCAUUUUUGACAUUUCCUGGCCUGCGGUUGGCUCAAAUGCAUCUGGAUGCCCUGAAUCUUACAAAUGAAAGGCUAACACAGACUUUGUUCCAUAUAAACUUCCUGUCGCCACUAAUUAUAGUACUCCUCUGGGUGAAGCCUAUUACAAAAGACUAUAUCAUGAAUCCACCGCUCGGUAAAGAAAGUAUUCCUUUAAUGUCAGAGACUGCAUAUGAUUCGUUAAGACUGUGGGUUAUUGUCCUACUUUGUGUUCUCCGACUGGCCUUAAUUCGGCAACAUUUACAAGCAUACCUCAACUUGGCGCAGAAGGGUGUAGAACAGAUGAAGAAGGAGGCAGGGCGAAUCAGCACAAAGGAUCUACAAAAAAUGGUUGCCCGAGUUUUCUACUAUCUUUGCGUGAUUGCACUUCAGUAUGUAGCACCUAUGAUUAUGCUUCUUCAUACAACACUGCUUUUAAAAACCCUGGGUAACCAUUCCUGGGGUGUUGUCUCAGAAACUUGCGUGUCUCCUACGGAGAUUGCUGAAGCAACCAGUGCUGACCAUUCAACUAUCAUUAACGCUCACGAAAAUAAGAAGCUAACAGUUACACAAAUAACGGUAGCUUUGGGUGGUCUGCAAAACGUUUUCACUCCAUUACUGUUCCGAGGUCUGCUUUCCUUUCUAACUUGGUGGAUUGCAGCUUGCCUGUUUUCCACAAGUCUUUUUGGUCUUUUCUAUCAUCAUUACCUAACAGUUGCAUAAAUGACGGGCAUAAUAAAGCUGGACUUCAACAUACUCUUCUAGAUUUGAACAUAAAGUCAAAGUCACUUCUUUGGGGUUAGAACAAAAGGAAAACUUCAAACCAUUUUGGAAACAACAGAUUGCUGAUGCACAGAGCACAGAUAGACCUGCUCACUUCAAAUGCUUCCUCUGGGUCUCAGGGUGAAUAAAUGUUUUAACAAUUUGAAAACUAAAAACAGAAGUGAUGUUGUGUUUCUAAUACCACAGAUAGGUCAUUUAUUACUUUGUUGGAACUUUGGGAUUACUGGAGGUUAUCAACAUAAAAUGACUUACCCUAUUUGGUUGGUAAACCUGUAGGACAGAAACAAUGGUAUAGCUAUGAAUAAGGUUAAACUUUGAUCUUAAAUUCCGAUCUUCACUAAUAUAUUUGAAUUUGCUGUGAAACUACAAAAUGAGUUUCUGAAUUUCAAGUACAGUCAAAAUUUAGCAAAGGAGUAGAAGAGCAACAUAAUGCAUCUAUUGCAAUUAACAUUACAAAACACCAGUCUGGCUAAUGUAAGGUUUAAUUUGCAUA